AUGGAUAUCAGUGAAAUACCAAUUAUAAACGAUACUGACAAAGCAAUCGAUUUCCCAUUAGCAGAUGAAGGAGUUGAACAAGAAUUGAGAAAGCAUGGUGCGCCAAUUCGAAUUGAAGGCGAAGAUGCUGAUGCAAGAAGAGAGAGAUUGAGAAAUAUACUAGAACCUAGUAAUCACACAUUUGACGAUAUAAACGAGGAACAAAGCGGAGAAGAUGAAGAUAAGGACCUUGAGGACGAUGAAAUAUUCUAUACCCCGGGUGAUGCAAAGCUAUAUGACGCAAGAGUUGAGAUCUUACACGAUUCGAUGAAAAGGUCUUCGCAGCGAAUACACAAACUUAAAGAAAGGGCGAAAGAACAAGACUUCACCCGAGUUUUGAAGAAUAGAAGACACAUAAAUUCCAAAUUAGCAUCUUAUUCAUUGUACGGAUCUCAAUUCAUCCCAGGCAUUACAAGAGCUAUUUCUUCAAUAAGGUUCUCAAAGAGAAGUGAUCUCAUUGCAUGUGGCUCAUGGGAUGGAUCUAUUAAUAUUCUAGAUUCAUCCAGUUUAAAUGAUAAAUACAAGUCCGGCCCAGGAUUCCACACAGAAAAAGUAAGUGCUCUAGAUUGGAAUUUCGCCACAGAAGAGAAUAGUUUAGUUUCCGGAGGUAAUGAGGGAACGAUUAAUUUUUGGAGGCUCAAUCAAGAAGAAGAUAAGAAACUUAGUCCGACUGAAAGCAUAAAAGAUGCCCAUAAUAUGAGAAUAACAAAGACGUUGUUUCACCCUCGGGGUAAUUAUAUUAUUUCUACGUCUUUUGACCAGACUUGGAAACUAUGGGAUACGAACACUUCCACCUGCUUAUUACAACAAGAGGGCCAUUCCAAAGAAGUAUUUUCUGGUAGUAUACAUCCCGACGGAAGUUUGUUCGCUUCAGGUGGGUUAGAUGGGAUGUGUUAUAUAUGGGAUUUACGUUCGGGAAGGUUUAUUGCAGACUUAAGAAAACAUGUUAAGGGAAUUUAUAGUGUUGAUUGGUCUCCAAAUGGUUAUCACUUGGCUACUGCAAGUGGAGAUUGUUCGGUUAAAAUCUGGGAUCUACGAAGAAUAGAUAGAACGAAUGAGGAAUUAUUCUCUAUACCUGCACAUUCAAAAUUAGUAAGCGAAGUUAGAUUCUUUCACAGGCGAGAAAGUAACGAUGCAUUAACCAAAGAUGUUGCACUUGAUUCAAAUGGGUCUUUCUUAGUGACAUCUUCAUAUGAUGGAUUGAUCAACGUGUGGUCUGCGGACAAUUGGAUUAAAGUUAAUACCCUUAGGGGCCACAAUGACAAGGUAAUGGCUUGUGACAUAAGCGGUGACGGUACUUGGAUUGCCAGUAGUGGUUGGGAUAGAUCGGUAAAACUUUGGGGCAUUUAA